AUGGAGGGGUUGUUGGAGGUGGCAUUGAAGCUGGUGCGGGACAUAAUGUUGCCAUUGAGGCAGGUGCUGGAGGGGGCGUUGGAGCCAGUGCUGACUGCUGGAGAUGAAGCCGUCGGAGUUGGAGAGCUUGCCGGUGUGCUUGCUGGAGAUGAAGCUGCACUUGAGCUUGCCGGUGUGCUUAUGACAAAAUCCACCAUUGAUCCUUGUGAUGAUCUUGAGGUAGAACUCAUUGAUAGUGAAGAAGAGUUAAUUCAAAAGUACGGAGAACUUGUGAAAGUGCCUUACAAUUUAAAAAAGCAAAGUGUGCAUCUCUGGAAUAAAGUCAUUAUGCUUCAACAAGAAAACUCAGAUUUCUCUAUUCGUACUGCUGAAGAAGUGAGUUUUGCUGCAAAUGGAAUAACUGGAACUGGAAUGAAAGCCUUUGAUGGUGUUCUUCAAUCUAACAUUAUGUUAAAGACUCUUAAUCUUUCUGGAAACCCCAUUGUGGAUGAAGGCGUUAAGUGCCUAUGUGAUAUAUUGGUGAAUAAUAAUGGUAUUCAAAAGCUCCAGCUCAACAGUACUGACUUAGGGGAUGAAGGAGCUGAAAACAUUGCAGAUGCUUUGAAGCAAAACCGGACAAUAACAACCAUAGACCUGGGAGGAAAUAACAUCCAUGCCAAGGGAGUCACUGCCAUAGCUGAAGCGUUGAAAGAUAAUUCUGUCAUUACAUUUUUGGAGCUUGGUUAUAAUCCCAUGGGACCUGAUGGGGUGAAGGCUUUAUCCGAAGUUCUCAAGUUUCAUGGAAACAUAGAAACCGUUAAGCUUGGCUGGUGCCAGAUUGGUGCAAAGGGUGCAGAGUUCAUCGCGGAUAUGUUAAAAUAUAAUACUACAAUACGCGUUCUGGACUUGCGGGCAAAUGGACUUCGAAAUGAAGGUGCAUCCUGCCUGGCUCGUAGCUUAAAAGUGGUUAAUGAAGCUUUAAGUUCAUUAGAUUUAGGGUUCAAUGAAAUCAGGGAUGACGGGGCGUUUGCAAUUGCUCAAGCACUGAAGGCCAAUGAAGAUGUGACAGUCACAUCUCUGAACCUUGCGAGUAAUUUCCUCACCAAAUUUGGGCAGAGUGCUUUGACAGAUGCAAGAGACCAUGUAUAUGAGAUGAGUGAAAAAGAAAUCAACAUUUUUUUCUAGAAGGCUUACUUAUUAGACUAGAAAUGUGGGUGGUAUGUGGGAAACAAAUCAACAUCUUUUGAGUUCUUAUCGACUCCACUUACUGAGGAACAAAUUGGAAAUUUUGACAUUGAGAGAUCAUAGUUGGCUCUUCAGUGAUGGAUAGGUACUG